CUUCCUUCGGGGAUCCCGCGGCGGGGGAGCCGCGGCGGAGCGGGGCUGACACGUAACUGCGGGGCCGGGGGAAGUUCCCUUUGUUCAUUUCGGGUGGCGGCGGAGCCACCGGCCGGGCGGGUCCCCGCGGCGGGGCCGGGCGGAAGGAGAGCAGGGAGCCGCCGCAGCCCCGCUCCCGCAGGCCGCGGGAGCCAGCGCCGCCGCGGGGACCGGGACACCAGCCGGGGGCCGCCGCCGGAGCCCGGGCAGCCCCGGGGCCGCAGCAUGCGGCUGGGCCGCCGCACGGCUGGUCCCGCCGGCCCCGCUCCGGCCCGCACGCACGGAGAAGCCGCCUGGAGCGUCGCGGCCGCGGCGGUGCCCAGGGGCUGAGGCGCUGGCCGGCCCCUCCUCCCCUCCCUCCGGCCCUCCCUCCUCAUCCUCCUCCUCCUCCUCCUCCACCCGGCGCGGGCCCGGGGCCUCCGAUGUCGCCGCCUCAUCGUCCGCCGCCUCCCGCUGCUGAGCCGUGAGGGGCGGCGGCCCUGGGGACCCCACCGGGGACAUGGGCAACGGGAUGUGCUCCCGAAAGCAGAAGCGGAUUUUCCAGACCCUCCUGCUCUUGACCGUGGUGUUCGGGUUCCUGUACGGGGCGAUGCUCUACUACGAGCUGCAGGGCCAGCUCAGGAAGGCUGAGGCCACGGCGCUCAAGUACCAGCAGCAUCAAGAGUCCCUCUCGGCUCAGUUACAAGUUGUAUACGAGCACAGGUCAAGAUUAGAAAAGUCAUUACAAAAGGAAAGGCUUGAACAUAAGAAAGCAAAAGAAGAUUUUCUUGUUUAUAAACUAGAAGCACAGGAAACGCUAAACAAGGGGAGGCAAGACUCAAACAGCCGAUACAGCGCGCUGAGCGUCCAACACCAGAUGUUGAAGAGUCAACACGAAGAGCUAAAGAAACAGCAUGCUGACCUUGAGGAAGAUCACCGAAAACAAGGAGAGGAGUUCAGCAGAACGUUCAGCGAUCACAAGGAGCGAUAUCUACAACUGCAGCAGGAAAAAGAGCAGGAGAUCUCAAAGCUGAAGGAAUCCCUGUAUAACUUACGGGAGGAGAACAGACAGUUGAGAAAAGCUCACCAGGACAUUCACACCCAGCUACAAGAUGUCAAGCAACAGCAUAAGAACUUACUCUCCCAACACAACCAGCUUGUAGUGACAUUGGAAGACCACAGGAGUGCACUAGCUGCUGCACAGUCCCAGGUGGACGAAUACAAACAGCUGAAGGACACGCUCAACAAGAUGCCGAGUUUCCGGCAGGCCGAGAAGCCCGAGGAGGAGCCGAAGGUGCGAGCGGCGUCUCCCCGCAGCGACCUCCCAACGCUCCGCGGGGCCGUGGCCGAGCAGCAGCGCCAGAAUGAGAAGCCCAAAGAGAGAGAAGAAGUAAAUAUCCAGGAAAAAGAAGACAGAGCUGAGUCUCUUAAUCUGCAGGGAAGGGCUCACGAGGGCCAGCCUGCCAAAGAACUGAAUAUUCAGGAGCAACAAGAAGCUGGAGAGGAUGAUGAGCAACGUGUUGAUCGAGUUGAAGAGGAACGCAAAAAAGAACUUGAAGAGGAAGAAAUGGAGCAGGCGGGUCAGCCUGAGCACUUGGAGGAGGAACAGGAUCAAGUGCCAGAAGAGCAUGAGUGGCAAAAACAGGAACAGAAAGAAGAAGAAACCAACAUGUUGGGUGAUCAUCUUCAUUCAGAGAUAACAUCGACAAAAGCCGUAACAAAGAGACAUAACGCAGCUUAUGAGGAACAACUGGAGCAGCAACACCUUGCGGCCCGAAGAGCGGAGGAGGCCGGUCAGCUCCGGGAGCAGCAGGAGUCGCUGCACCAGCAGAGGCUGCGCGGGCAGCUCCUGCGGCAGCAACAGCUCCAAGAAAAAGAGCUUCAGCUGCAGCAACAGGCAGAAGAAGGGGAAAAACUCUAUAAAAACCAGCUAAGCCAACAGGGUCAUUAUGAAAACAUGGACCAUGAUAUUGUACAAGGGGAAGAAGAGCAAGGUACUCGGGAAGAGGAAGGAGCUUAUGAACGUGACAAUCAGCACCAGGAUGAAGGUGAAGACGAAGAUCAAAAUAAUGCAAACGAACAGCAAGAACCAGAACGUCAAGUCGAAAAUCAGCAGGCUGAUGAAUCAAAGGCAGCCGUGGAAGAUGUGAAUCCUGCUGAUGACCCCAACAAUCAGGGGGAGGAUGAAUUUGAGGAAGCUGAGCAAGAGAGAGAAGAAAACCUACCAGAUGAAAACGAAAAGCACAAGGAAACUGGUCAGAAACAAGGACCUCCAGGAAUGGAAGAGCACCUUGUGAUGGCAGGAAAUCCUGACCAGCAGGAGGAUAAUGUGGAUGAACAAUACCAGGAAGAGGGAGAAGAGGAGAUCCAGGAAGACUUGACCGAAGAGAAGAAACGAGAACUGGAACGCAACGCUGAAGAGCCAUACGGUGAAAACAACGACAACGCAGAUGAAAAGAAUAAUGGAAGGGCAGAUCAAGAGCAAGAAAUGCAAGAAGAAAACAACCAGAAGGAAGUUCAUGAAGAAAAUUAUGAGGAGGAAGAGGAGGAGGAGGAGGAAGGCAGAGCUGCUGCAGCCAAAACUCGCAGACGAGGGGAGAUGUAGUCCUCUUAAUCUUCUCUAAUUUCUUUUGCAGCACACGAAUUCCUGUGUUUUGAGUUAAUUUUUUUAAAAACACAAAACCCCAACUUUUUUAUGACAUUUACUUUCCAAAAAAAACAAGUUUGUGUUUUACACUUCUUACUUUUCUAUUAGAUGCUCUCAUAUGUUUAUACGAACACGGUAUUUUGAUACUCUAGGUUAGGAUUUCUUUUCUAUUAAAUCUGUACAUAAACAGGCAUCAUCUAGGUUUAAUUUUUUAUAAUUCGGGGCAUGUUUUAUAAAGGCUGUUUUGGACGCUUUCACCCUGUCCAAGUCUGACAGAUGUUUGGUCUAAUUGCCAAUACAUACAACAUCUGCGGGAAUAUAUCUAGUGCCUAAACCCAGUCGACAUUCACCGCUCCGACUCUCAUCGUCGUCCUUGACGCAGCUUUUACGACAAAGGGCGGCCGCCCUGCCCGCCCAAGGCACGACCUGCCCUGGAGGCCGACGGGUAGUUUCAUUCAUUAGAAUCUCAUUUAAUUAUUCAAAUCCUUGAAGAUAAGCACAUGCCUAGCUCUUUGCGGGACCAGGCCUUUUAUAGGUACACAACAGUUAUAAAAUAUGCAACUUUUACAAGCCUUCAAAAUACAGCCAGGUUAACAGCUGUUAAUUUUGGCAGCUGUUUAUACGCAGUUAAAUUAUGCAUUUAUUUUAAUGAGCAUAUCUAGGUACUUCAAUUACACGCACUACAUAGCGGAUAACGCAAAUGGUGCUACGCCGAGAUGAGAUGUGAGCUGGAAACCAAUUUAAACUUGAAGAUCCACGAUGCCAAAUCAAAACACUACAGCUGCCGCAGGGGUGAAGAGUCACAGGAGGAACAACUUUGUUGUCCUAGUUAAUGUAUAAAAUAUUUGACCAGAGGAAUCUAACGACAUCACCUCAGAAUGCAGAGAAGGCUGAGGCAUCGGAACUGAGUUGACACCAUUGGUGCGAGAUGUUGAAUUAAAGCCUUUACCUUCUUUUACUUAUUUAUUUGUAGGUCUUUGCUGGAAGGAUUUCUGUGUCCCCUAGUGGGGAAAAUCAGACUAGAGAUAAGUCCCACGGAGAUUUUUGGGACAGCAGACACCUCUAGCACUGCAUGCCAAAAUGUAAUGGGGGUGGGGGGAACGACACAAAAAUUGUGCCUUGGGAGGCUACUAUGAACAUAAUCACAGUGCAUGAUUAUAUACAAUAUUUGUAUUGGUACACACCCUAGUUAUUUAAUAUAUGUUAAAAGGAGAAGGGGAAUCUGGAUUUCCCAGGCUCUACCCCAUUGCUGGAAAUGGGGCGCACAGCAGCUCCCCAGGAAAGUGUGUGUUAAUAUAUAAUAGAGGGUUUGGGAUUUUCCCUUUUUUUUUUUUUAAUAAUGCAUAGCAAUGGUUUUAGUUUUAACUUUUUAUAUGAAUGUAAUUUAAUUCGUUUUUCUACUAACUCAAUUUUGUUAUGGUUUAUAGUUGGUUUCCUUUCUUUGCAAUUUUCCUAAAUGGCCCAGACACAGUGCUUAUGUUUCAUAGGAAUAUUUUUGUUAGCAAAUAUUUUGGGUUUUCUAGUUACCAUAAAUCAGAUUUAUCUUAUGUAAAAAAAGUUUACGUGAUACUGUAAAAUGUAUAAUAUGUACAUAAUCCUCAGAAUACAAUUAUUUUGGUAAAUUGGCCUGUAUUUUUAAUGUCACGGUUGCAGUAUUUAAUUAUUUGAGGCAUAAUAAAACUUGACUGCAGUCAAUAAA